AUGGAUUCAGUGGAAAAGACAAGUCAUAAAAGUGAACAGAAAUCAAGAAAGUUUCUCAAAAGCCUGGUCCGGAAGCAGCCCCAGGAGCUCCUCCUGGUCAUUGGGACAGGCGUCAGUGCAGCCGUGGCCCCGGGGAUCCCGGCGCUGCGCUCCUGGCGAGGCUGCAUUGAGGCAGUGAUCGAAGCCGCUGGACAGCUGGAGGUGCUGCACCCCGGGGACAUCGCCGAGUUCCGGAGGAAGGUGACCAAGGACCGGGACUUGCUGGUGGUUGCCCACGAUCUCAUCCGCAAGAUGUCACCUCGCACAGGGGACACCAAGCCCAACUUCUUCCAGGACUGUCUGAUGGAGGUCUUUGACAACCUGGAGCAGCACAUCCAGAACCCACUGGUGCUGCAAGCCAUCCUGCGCCUGAUGGAGUGCGGCACCAUGGUGCUGACCACCAACUACGACAACCUGCUCGAGCUGGUCGGGCAGCAGCAGAACCGGCCCAUGGAGUCACUGGACCUCCAGGACAAGACCAAGGUCCUGCAGUGGGCGCGAGGACACAUCAAGUACGGCGUGCUUCACAUUCACGGCCUGUACACAGACCCCUGUGGGAUGGUGCUGGACCCGUCCGGGUAUAAAGAUGUCACCCAAGACCCCGAAGUUAUGGAAGCUCUGCAGAACUUGUACCGCACCAGGUCGUUCCUGUUUGUGGGCUGUGGGGAGACCCUCCGUGACCAGAUCUUCCAGGCACUCUUCCUGUACUCGGUGCCCGAUAAGGUGGAGCUGGAACACUACAUGCUGGUCCUCAAGGAGAGUGAGGACCAGUUCUUCAAGCACCAGGCGGACAUGCUGCUGCACGGGAUCAAGGUGGUGUCUUAUGGGGACUGCUUCGACAGCCUCCCCGGCUACGUGCAGGACCUCAGCACUCAGAUCUGCAGGCAGCGGAGCCCAGACGCUGACCACGUGGACAGCACCACACUGCUGAGUAGCGCCUGUCAGGACUGUGCGAAGAGGAAACUAGAAGAGAACGGAUUGGGACUUUCAAAAAAACCUCGACAGUCAGACACUGCUGUUGCCCACGUUCUGCUGUGUCCUCAUGGCUGCAUUGUUCUUGUCCUCGACUUCCUGUCCUUACUACUUGAGCCUUUCCUGUUCUUGUUCCCCAUUCACACGUCCUUAGCCUCCGGGAGCUCCCACCGACACCAGUGUGAACUUGCCCAGGGCUGUGUGUCUGAUAGUUGA